AUGGCGCAGAGGUCUUUAUAUGUUGCAAGCCUCGUGCCACUUCUAUUCGCGGUGCUCUACUUCCAACUAGGCAACCUCUCAGCCUUCUACAACUAUGCUCUCCAAGCGUUGCAGACGCCGUCCACAGAUAUCCUGGGUCAAGCUCCAACCAUCGGGAAACCACCCAUCAUCAUGGCAGCGACCCCCGCCUUCAGCCACAUGGAAAAGAUCACAACAAUCGCCCAAGGCCUCAUCUCACUCGGCUAUCCAGUAAACUUCAUCACCGGCCCAGAGUUCAAAGACUCCAUUGAAUCAAUCGGCGCAACGUACAUCCCCAUCGAAGGGCAAGGUCCGCAGAUCUUUUCCGACGAAGACUUAGCAACGUUCAUCGGUCUACAAGGCUACGAGCUCGAAGUCUUCGCUACCACGGCUAUCUUCAUCAAGACCAUACCUGCGCAGUACCGUACCCUGCAACGAACCUUUCGAGAAUUUCGCGACCAACAUGGCGAGGAACAGAAGAUGAUUUACAUCUUCGACUUUACAUUCGGUGGCCUGUCACCCGUCAUGCAAGGCGCGCCUGGCAUUCGUCCUGAUGCAGCAAUUGGUAUAGGUCUGGCUCCAUAUGUAGCGGCUAGUAACGACACUUUCCCUUUCCGUUCGGGAAGGUACCCGGACACUAGUUCAGAGAGCAAGAAGAUUCAUUUCGAGGCGCAACAAGCUCAGGACAAAGACCAUCCUAUUGAUAAGCCUGUUAACGAAGCUGUCAACGCCAUGCUUCGACAGAUGGGUGCGACGAGGGAUACACCAAGCUUCAACCACCUGGCGAGCUAUGCUUCGGAUGUUUUCCUUCAAUACGGUGUUCCUGCUUUUGAAUGGGAGCGUAGCGACUGGCGACCGAACCUCAAGUUCAUGGGUGCACCUGUGUCGGUGGGAAUCGCCGAUCACAUGCUCCCAGAGUGGUGGAACGAUGUUCUUGAGGCGAAGGCAGCCGGAAAGAAGAUCAUAGCUGUGUCUUCCAGCAGCGUGGUUUACGAUACAGGUGCGCUGAUCAAACCGGCUCUGGAAGCAUUCGGAGGAAGGGAGGAUGUGUUCGUCAUUGCUACGUUGGUCACUUCUGAUGUCGAGAUGCUUGACUUUAAGAUCCUGGAGAAUGCGAGAGUGGCAAAGUUUAUUCCUUUGGAUCUUGCGCUGCCCUAUGUGACGGUCCUAGUCACAAAUGGCGGAUACGGCACCGUCCAACAAUCUCUUCGCGCCGGUGUACCUAUGAUCAUGUCUGGAGUUGGACAGGAUAAACUGCACACAGGAGCUCUCAUUAAUUACAAAGGCUUUGGUAUCUACCAUGCCUUACCCCAGGUAACGGCCGAACUGCUGACCGACGAUUUCGAUAAGAUUUUGGGAAAUCAGACGUAUAGCAAAAGACUUGAGGCGGUAAAGAAGGAGUAUGAAAAGUACAACGCCGUUGAUGUUGUGGAGCAAACGAUACAACAAGUACUUAAUGGUAAAGGAGCCUUUUAG